AUGGCCGAUAUUCCUCACGGUGGGCGUAUCGUCCCCAUAGUCGACACGCCUCAAUCUUCUACCAAUUCCACCACGCCGUCCUCCUCCUCCUUUACCUCGUCCUCCUCGUCCACCUCCUCCGACGAUGCCUCCGUCGAUCUCCCGCCUCUCCAGAAAAAACACCACAAACACCGCUCCGCCCGUCCGUCCAAACCCACCCGCAAGACGCGUACCAUGACCGUCGAGCCCGAAUGUCUCGAGCUGUCUUGUCUCAAGGAGCUGGACCUCUACGCUCUUCCCACAGAGGGUGAUGGGAACUGCCUCUACUACGCCCUCUCCGACCAAGUGUUCGGUGACUUCGGUCAUGCCGAGGAUAUCCGUGUCCGUCUCGCCGAUCACAUCGGUGCCAAUAAAGAAUACUUUAUGAACUUCAUUCCGGCUGUCGGGGGUGAGCGUCGCGCUCCUCGGCGCGCUGCCGCCUCGGCUGCCAAGUACGCGUCUCAUCGGUCGUCCGCCUCGGCCAGCCCCGCCCCACCGUCCUCCAAAGAUAAGGAUCGAAGCUUCGAUACCAAAGUGGCGGAAUCUAGGAAAGCUGGUGUCUGGGGAGGGGCGGAGGAGAUACAAGCUUUUUGUCAGUCGUUCAAGAUGGAUGUCAACGUGUACACCGAGUAUGGUGUGCAGAACUUCCGUGACGUCCAUGCCCCGGAGUCGGAGGAACGGGACGUCGUCCACGUUGCUUUUCACGACUUCAAUCACUAUUCCUCGGUGCGCCACCUCAAUGGCCCCCGCACCGGCUUGCCGUGUAUCCCCAAGAUCAGCAAAGAGGCCGAAAAGGAGGCGACAACGGUGGCCAACGCGGUCGUCGAUGUGGCUACUCCGUGGAAGAUCUCCGCAAUCCAGGAGGGGCUCGGUGGCAAGUAUGACCGAGCCGUCAUCGUGGAUAUGCUCGAGCAGUGCCGUGGUAACAUUGACAGUGCCUUUGGCAACCUCAUCAGUGAAGGCGGACCCGCCAUCGAAGCCCCGGCGCCCCGGGCUAUCAUGAAAACGCGCCUGCAGCCGUCGUCGCGGUCCUCGUCGCCCUUUAGCACCGGCAGCAAACGCUCGGCGGACGAUACCGACGAGGAAGAUCCCCGGCCUGCGAACCGCCGCCUGCGCACCCGCGACCAGAAGCGACGCAUCCUCCCGGAUGUGACCGUGGGGAUUGCCUUUCGCGAUGACCGAAAUGACCUGGUCUCGCUCCGUCUGCGGGUCAGCCCAGACGCAACGGUGCAGCAUUCCCCGCUUGAGCCGGUCCCGCAGACAGACAGCGACUCGGUCUCGCGGACCAGUCCUGUUGCUCUGGACCAGACGCAGAAUGUGGAGGGUGGGGAGGCCGUAGAGGCUGGGGAGACUGCUCCUCCUGAGUCUACUUCUGAUGAACAAAAGCCACGGCGCAGCAAACGCAUCAGUCGGAGCCGCAACUCCCCUGCUAUCUAG